AUGGACGCUGCAAAAGCUGGUGUAGAAAAAAUAAAAGAAACCGUCACUGGUCAAAAAGCUCAAGAUCAUUUAGAAAAAGCAAGUGAUCCAAAUCGUCCAGCUAGUGAUCGUAUUGAUCAUGCAUUAGACGCUGGUAAACAGAAAGCAAAAGAACAAGAACAUUGUACCAAAGCAGACUGUCAUGCUGCUGAUCACAAGCAUAAUCAUUAA